UGAGUAAACAUUAUUAUAUUUGGUCCCAAAUUUUACCUUUGACAUGGUGGCAGUGGCGGUGGCGGUGGCGGAGGCGUGGUGGAUUUUCCUCAUAAAAAAAGCAAGGAACCCAGUCUCAAAAUUUCAUCUUUGAUUCUGAAACAGAGGAAACUGCGUAGAGAAGAACAGGGGAAGAUAGAAGAAGAAUGGCGUUGCAAUGGAUGAUACUGACGUACGUUGUGGCUGCGGAGGCUGCCUUGGCACUUCUUGUCACACUUCCCACGCCCAAGAUCUUGAAGUCUCGUGUCAUCUCCGCCGUCUCUCUCCUCCUCCAGCCCUGUCUUUUCGUCGUGCCUUUCGCUGCCUUCCAGCUGCUAGAUAUCUAUUGGAAGAACGAGCACCGCAUGCUUUGCACAUCCGAGAUCUGCACAGCCGCGGAAAGAGAUCGAUCUGAGAAGGCCAUCUACAAAGCUCAAAGAAACGUGAUUCUAUGUGCUGCCGCAUGCUUCCUCUAUUGGGCUAUCUACCGCAUUACUAGGUACUACAAGGAGAUUCAAAGUUUGGAGGAAAUAGAAAAGAGUUACAAGAGUCAGUAGGUUGGUUCAUCCAUGCCCCUAUAGUUCAGCAGAGACUGCACUGCCGGAUACACAUCACUCACUUUGUACUGCAAUUUGAUAUCAGAUUGUCUUGUCAAUGGGUGCAAUAUAUAUAACUAAACGUAUCCAUGUUUUGGCUUUGACACUUGAACAUGUCAAUCUCUGUAUUUGCUUCUUGAAUGGAACUUUGACAUGGCUUCAAUCA